CCAAGGUGGAGGAGGGACGGGACGAAUCAGCACAGGAUAACAAGUUUCUUUGAGCAAAAUUAGGGCACACAACAAUGCCCCAAUCUUUUUUCACCUCCCAACUUCUGCGUCGUUUUCUCUGAGUUCUCCUGAGGCCGAUUUGGGAAUCCACUCUCCUCCUUGCCUGAAUCUUGUGCGUUGGAUUCUCCCUCCGGGCGCCCUUUGGAUCGACUUGGUCGCUUUCUGGGUGGUAGUUUGAUUCUCGAACCUUGAUUGGGGUUACCGAUGGGGUUUCGAGUAGAGAGGAUGUGCUAAUGAGGCUUCAAGAAUUUUGUGAACCAGUUUUCGUCGCUGGCGUCCAAGCGGACGGAGCCUCGUGGAUUUCUUUGUUGGUUGAAGCUUGCUGCUGAGUCCUUGCUCUUGUCGGGCAUGUUGAUAAAUGUACCAUACAAAGGAGUUCUCGAGGAUGGGUCUGAUGUCCCAUAAUCCCCAGGGAUCCAAGCAGGUUGCAAAUAUUGGUGUUCUUGGAGGAUCUACAACUAGUGAUUCAACUACUUCUGGAGGGAGUGGCAAACAGAGGUUAAGGUGGACUUCAGAUCUUCAUGAACGUUUUGUUGAUGCUAUUGCCCAGCUUGGUGGACCAGAGAGGGCGACACCGAAGGGUGUUUUAAGGGUGAUGGGUGUGCCUGGGCUUACCAUCUAUCAUGUCAAAAGUCAUUUACAGAAGUAUCGACUGGCAAAGUUCCUUCCGGAGUCCCCUGCAGAUGGUUCAAAGGAUGAAAGUAAAGGCCCUCAUGAUGCUCUUCCAAAUAUGGAUAGUUCACAAGGAUUACAGAUCAAUGAGACAUUGAGGAUCCAGAUGGAGGUGCAGAAAAGACUGCAUGAACAACUCGAGGUGCAGAGGCAGUUACAGUUGAGAAUCGAAGCACAAGGAAAGUACCUGCAGAAAAUCAUUGAGGAGCAGCAGAAGCUUGGGGGAUUGCUCAAGGGGACAGAACCAUUAAAUUCUGAUGAAAAUCCUCCACAUGUUCCUGCCUCGUCCUCUGAUUCACUGAAGAGACGAAGGGUUGAGUCACCAUCAGAUUCACCAACCGAACAGACCAGAAAGAAGGCAGAGUCGUCUUGUACUGAAGAAUUUGCCUGUGCUUGGGACGAGAGCUCAUUUGCAAAUCAUGGAAAAUUCAAUUUCGAUCUACCAUCCGGUCAGAAGGACAACACCGAACAAUGACCAUGCAAUAGGAAGCUGGGACUGUUUGGAAAUGGUUGGGGAAUGUAAUCUUCCAGAUACCUGUCAAUAAUUUGCACAUGAUGAAGUCUGCUAAGGCUCAAUGGUUUUACCAUAGGCUGGAUAUGCAGACAGAGUGAGAACCACCGUGUCCCAUUUGUACAUUAUGAUGGUAUUGAUAGAUAUUGACUAACAGGGGCCAAGGUUUGUUGUAAAUUUAUCAGUUUACUUUUUCUUUUUCUGCUCAAAA